AUGACUGCUGGAACUUUAAGAUACUUCGUAUGCGUAUUUGCUGUUAUUUUGUCAGCCAGUCUGUGGACAGAAUAUGCAAAUGCUGCAGGUUUAUUCGGUCGAGGCUCUAACACGACAACAACGACAACAAAAAUGAUGACAAAUAUGAAACCUGCGUCAGGCGGUGUGAAACAAACAGCCUACUACACUGUAAUAAGCUGUGCUUUGAUUGCCAGCAUAGCUUGCAGUUAUUCAUUCUGA